AAGAAACAAUCUUGUUGGAUGAUCCACAGGCCCAGGGAACGGGGUCUAGGGCUCAGGAGCCCGGCCAGGUCUGGGUCUCCAGCAGGGGCUACUGCAGCCCGGGCAGGUGGGCCGAACCGCUCCGCCCCUGGCCUGCUCGUCCCGCCGCCGCCGCCGCCGCCGCCGCCGCCGCCGUUCGGGCCUCCUGCUGGUGUGUCUGCGCCUGGGUCUCCACGGCCUUCCCGGGCUCCCUGGAGGGGAGAUGAGCACGCCUACACCCGCCGAGGGUGAUCAGGGGCUCUGGGAGGUGGGGGCGGAGCCAGCCAGCCCGGCCGCGGCGCGCGUGCGCGGCACGUCCGUGUCCCCGCUUUCCGGGUCCGCGACGGUGGCGAGCCCAUCUCAAGAAUUAGUGCGACACAGAAAACCUGAUGCCACCUUUCCGGAUUGUCCCAGGCAGAUUAUUUUCCCAGCUGUAUUGUGGGUUGAAGUCUCCAGCCUCCAAACACACCAAGAUUUGCCUAACAAUGGCUCGUCCAAGCUCAGAUAUGGCAGACUUUCGGAAGAUUUUUGCAAAAGCCAAGCACAUAGCCAUCGUUUCAGGAGCCGGUGUGAGUGCUGAGAGUGGGAUUCCGACUUUCAGAGGAGCAGGGGGUUACUGGCGGAGAUGGCAAGCUCAGGACCUGGCCACCCCUCAGGCCUUUGCCCGAAACCCGUCCCAGGUGUGGGAGUUCUACCACUACCGGCGGGAGGUGGUGCUGAGCAAGGAGCCCAACACUGGCCACCUCGCCAUCGCCGAAUGUGAGGCCCGGCUGCGCGGGCAGGGCCGGCGGGUCGUGGUCAUCACUCAGAACAUUGAUGAGCUGCACCGCAAGGCUGGCACCAAGAACCUUCUGGAAAUCCAUGGUAGUUUAUUUAAAACUCGAUGUACCUCUUGUGGAGUUGUGGCCGAGAAUUACAAGAGUCCAAUUUGUCCGGCUUUAUCAGGAAAAGGUGCUCCAGACCCUGAAACUCAGGAUGCCAGAAUCCCAGUUGAGGAACUUCCCCGGUGUGAAGAGGCAGGAUGCGGGGGCCUGCUGCGACCUCACGUCGUGUGGUUUGGAGAAAACCUAGACCCUGCCAUCCUGGAGGAGGUUGACAGAGAGCUGGCCCUUUGUGACUUGUGUCUAGUGGUGGGAACUUCCUCUGUGGUCUAUCCCGCCGCCCUGUUCGCCCCCCAGGUGUCUGCCCGGGGCGUGCCCGUGGCCGAGUUUAACAUGGAAACCACCCCGGCCACCAACAGAUUCAGGUUCCAUUUCCAGGGGCCCUGUGGGACGACUCUUCCUGAAGCCCUUGCUCCUCAUGAAACUGAAACCGCUUCUUAAUUGUCCUGGGGAAGGAAGAAAUCACAGCACAGCUAAGUAGCAGGCCACAAACAGGAGAAACAGUCUUGUGGAUGGUGAGCUGAACACUGGAAGGUCUAAAAAUAUCUUCUGAUUCCCUGGCUGGAAUCCAAACUGCUGAUAAGCGAUGAGGGAUUGGAAGUGACAGUAGUAAACAUGUCUAGAAGGAGAAGGCACAGAACUGUAAAGUCAAUUCAUGUUAUGUGGUUUGAACCUAAACAUAAGAUACCUCUGAUGUGUUUGGUUUUUGGAGAGAAAAAAUUUUGUGAUUAGAUUGUCUGAAAAAAGUAAUUAUCCUGAUUGUAUUUUCGCUAUUUGGGCAAUGAUUUAAGGAGAGGGGUAAAACCCCAGUAUUUCUAAUUUUUGCACAAGGUUUGGUGGACAGAUAGAAUCACUCUCCGCAGGAGGUAAUUUAUGGUAUAAAGAUGUUACCCCAAGAGAUGUCUUUGUUGGGGGCUUUGUCUUUUCAGGGUUUAUCUUGUUUGGGUGCCUCACCUCAAGUUCCAGAGGGGAGUAGCUUACAGCAAGAACUUAUGCAAGGAAGGAAGAGAAAAUUAGCAACAAGGUAGAAAAUCAGGAUGAGAAAAGAGAGUGAUGCAAAUACAUGACCACAAGGACAAACACAGCUGCCUAAGAUUUAGCAAUGGCCUCAGCAGCCCGGAGCGGAGGGGAGUGGUGAUGGUUGGCAGAUUCUCAAUAUCAUAAGCACAGAAGCACAUUUCUCAAUAUCAUAAACACACGCCUUCCCCAGACAAUGAGAUUUCAAAGUUUUUCCCAUGGGACUUUAAAAAUGUGUGUCAUAGUGCCUUGGAGUGAAGUAGGAAGAAUACAGUUCUCUCCUCAAGUCCCUCCACCCAGUGUAGCACCCAAGGGUGCCUGCUAUCUGGCGAGCAUCAGAGGCCUGACGGAGGAGUGGCCUUUAGUAAACAGUGAAGGAAGGUCGUUCAUAACUAGGUCCCUUGGAUCAGGUGGGCUCCCUGGGUGCUGACGCAGCUGGGCCACAAUACCUCUGCCCCUUAGAAAACUGCAUUUCGUAUCGCACCCUGGGCUUUUGUAGAAAUAGAUGACAAGACACUGUGACGUAAAACUUUGCGCUGAUUUGCAAGUCAUGCCUUUUAACAAACCCCAAGGAUCCUUUGCAUGGGCAAGAGGGAUGUCCAUGACCUGCAGGGGGUCUGAAGUACCAGCCAGGCACCCUGAGGGCUCCAUUCAUACCUUACAUGGGCGAUCAAAGCAUGUACACUGAGGGGACUUGUAAUACUUAUAACGGAGUUUGUGUACAUACAAUACUACCAUUCACUUGUAAUAGGUUUGUUGUUGGUCUUCUCAAAGUGAACUCUAUACAUUUUCCUAGUGUUAUCAGUGAUGGAAGUCAGCAGACUGUCUCAGGGAGUCUGAUUAUAUUUUUAAUUUGUAAUUUCUAUCUGACCAAGGCCCAGAUAUUUUGGAACUGUUCUUUGCAGCUGCUUUCCUGGUAGGCUGUUGGUACCAGCAGCUUUGUUUCUGUUUUGCCAUUUUUGUUCAUGUUUUGGUUUUGUUGUUUUUAAAUUAGAAAUUGCUUCUAAAUCAGAGAUGAUGAAAAGAGAACUGAAAAUACUACAAAAUUUAUGUGAAGUAGGAUUGUUCAAUUUAGUAUUUACUGAACACCUACCAUAUGAUGGAUGUUAGAAAUACAAUGAUUAGUAUUGUAUGGACCUUAUCCUCGAGGAAUUCACAGGGACUUGGUUGGGACAACUGUCACUAUUAUAGUGUGGAAACUACA